UGCAUAACAUCACAAACCUUCACUUUUAGCUCCAUGGAGGAGAACAGUUCCCAAAUACUGGAAGAGGCGCACUCUGAGUUUACCAAGCGUAAUUUCAAACAGGCAGAAGGGCUUUAUACUAAAUUAAUCUCUUCCUGUUUGCAGUCCAGGGAAUGUGAAGCUGGUAAGUUGGCCACAGCUUAUAACAACCGCGGUCAGAUAAAGUACCUCCGGGUGGAUUUUCAUGAAGCAGUAGAAGACUAUUCCUCGGCAAUACAGGCUAACAGCCAGUUUGAAAUCCCUUACUACAACAGAGGACUUAUCCACUAUAGAUUAGGCUUUUUUGAUGACGCCAAAAGUGACUUCCAGCGAGCACUAACACUCAAUCCAGAUUUUGAAGAUGCCAAAGUGAGCCUGCAACAAACACUUCUGGACCAGCAGCAAAAGAAAAUCCGUGGUUACUGACAGUCUUAAACAUCUUUAUGUACUAAGCAUUGAGGAGCUUGAUUAUGCAAAGUGAUGCUGGUUUCUGACUCAGUAACACAUGGAGCAUUUUGGACAAAUCAGCUUUCCUGUUUGGGGAUAAAUAUGUGGAGUUUAUUACCUGCAUUGAUUGCAUUUUUAAGUUAAAAGUUUAAUCAGUUUUAAAAGAAUGUCUCUUUUUCCUGGUUGAUUUUUUUUUAAUAUAGUUCAAUUUGUGUUUUGCUCUCCUAUAUGUGUUUCCACUCUGGGUUGCAAGCCCUUUUAAAGAUGUUAAUUGCAAAGUAGCUAAAGGUCAGACAUGGUUUUUGUCUGAGAUAGUGUCUCUUCUCCCACACAAAUCUUUAAUAAAGAUGUCCCAUAUUUUUGUUUUA